GGCUACUAGCAUUCACGUGUAGCGCUGCGUUAUGCAAACAGAGAAGUUCCUGCUGUUUAAGCUGCAGCACUGAGAGCUCACAGGGGAGAAAUGAAAAGCAAAGCAGCGAAGUCAGAUGCAUCUGAGUCCAAGAGAAAAGGGAAGAAAAGAGCUUCCGACGACUCUCCGACGACUCUGUCCAAAAAACUGAGAGACAAGAAAGAUGGAGAAACGUCGAAAUCAGAAGCUCCUGUCAAGUCUGCAGGAGUCCAGAGGAGAGGUGUGCAUGGCAGCAUCCUGCACUACAUUUAUAAGAACACGCUGGGCCAGAGUCUGCACUCUCAGAUGAGACAGUGUCUCCAGGAGCCUUUCGUCCGCUCUCUGUCGUCUUACCAUUUCCACGGUGCGACUAGUCCCUUCGACCGUAGAAUCACCUGUCUGGAGUGGCAUCCCACUCAGCCCACCACUCUGGCUGUGGGCUCCAAGGGGGGAGACAUUUAUCUCUGGGACUUUGAGGUGCCCACAAAGAAAACCUUUAUUCAGGGGAGCGGAGCAGGAGACUUUAUCGGAGGGAUGAAGUUUUGCCCCACGGAUCUGUCCAGAGUCUAUGUGGCUUCUGGUGAAGGCACACUGACCAUGCAGAGCUUUGAGGGCCGAGCACCCACCCUCCUGUCCAGAACCCAAGACUGUGGCCACGAUCACCACAAUGUUUGUUAUUGGUACUGCUGUGUGGAUGUGUCUGUAAGCCGACAGAUGCUUGUGACCGGAGACAACAUGGGGCAGCUCAUACUUCGGGGUUUGGAUGGUCAAAAGAUUUUUAGUGAUAAACUGCACAAAGCUAAAGUGACUCAUGCAGAGUUCAACUCCCGAUGUGACUGGCUGCUGGCGACGGCAUCGGUCGACCACACGGUGAAGCUUUGGGACCUGAGAAACAUCAAAGACAAGAAGAGCUUCCUCCAUGAAAUGCCUCAUGAGAAAGCUGUCAACUCAGCCUACUUCAACCCACUGGACUGCUCCAAGUUGCUCACCACAGAUCAGUUUGACCAGAUCCGUGUGUACUCGUCUCCUGAUUGGUCGAAGCCUCAACAUAUCAUCCAGCACCCGCACCGACAGUUUCAGCACCUCACACCCAUCAAGGCCACGUGGCAUCCUGUGUAUGACCUCAUUGUGGCCGGGCGUUACCCCGAUGACCGGGUUUGCACCGGCGAUCAGAGGACCAUCGACAUCUAUGACUCCAACACAGCAGAGCUCGUCUGUCAGCUGUACGAUCCCACUGCUGCGGGGAUCAAAUCUAUCAACAAAUUCAAUCCGAUGGGUGAUGUGAUUGGAUCUGGCAUGGGUGUAACGGUGCUAGUCUGGGACCGGAACGAGUCACCGAUCAGUGAUCGGCACAACCUGCAGCAGGAGAGCUCCACCUCAGCGGACAGUGUGAGAGGACAGAGGAGGAGUCAGCAGCGCUCCAACAGGGACCGGAAGGCGCCUGCUGUGGAUGCAAAGCUCAAGAAAAAACUAGCUUCUCUGGAAGAAACUGAGACCAAAACCAAAACCAAGACCAAGACUGACCCUUCUAAACAAAAACAAGCUCAAAUGAGGAAGAAGUGAACUGGAAAAAUAGCCAAGGUCUUAAAAACAUCCUUGUGUAUAUAUUUCUUUGUUAUUGUAUGUUUUCAGGUGAACUUCAGGGAUUGUUUUCGUGUGUCACGAAUGUCUUAGAUAAUCUUUUAUAAACCUGACCACUGUGUACGUUCUUGCAGAAGCUUUUCCACUGUAUAACUAUAAUAAAUCUAUUCAUUCAUA